AUGGCCAAGAAGCAGAAGAAGAUCCGCAAGAACGUCGUCAAGGGCAUCGCCCACAUCCAGGCGUCGUUCAACAACACCAUCGUCACCAUCACGGACACCGCGGGCGAGACGCUCUGCUGGGACUCCGCCGGCACCAUCGGCUUCAAGGGCUCCCGCAAGAGCACGCCGUUCGCCGCGACCCGCGCGGGCGAGUCCUGCGGCGCCAAGGCCCGCAAGAUGGGCAUGAUCGAGAUCGAGGUCCGCCUCCGCGGGUCCGGCGCGGGACGCGAGUCCGCCAUCAACGGCCUCGUCUCCAAGGGCCUCCGCGUCUCCGCCCUCGAGGACCACACACCGGUCCCGCACAACGGCUGCCGCCCCCGCAAGCGCCGACGCAAGGCCCCCGCGGCAACCGGCAGAGCCGCGGACAGCGCCGAGCAGACACACGGGUCCAGUUCAUGGCGUGGGCUCGAACUGCCCAGCAAAGUCAAUGUGGAUCCCAAGUUCGCGACCGAGACCUUCGGCCGCUUUAUCGUCGAGCCUUUCGAGCGCGGCUUCGGCACCACGGUGGGCAACUCCCUCCGGCGCGUGCUGCUCUCCUCCCUCGAGGGCGCCGCGAUCACGAACGUCAAGAUCAAGGGCGCCGACCACGAGUUCACGACCAUCCCGGGCGUGAUGGAGGACGUCACCGAGAUCAUCCUCAACGUCAAGGACCUCGUGGUGAAGCUCGAGGGCGACGAGCCCAAGACCAUGACCCUCGCCGCCGGCGGGCCCGGUGAAGUCACCGCCGACCUCAUCGAGGCCGACACCGCCAUCACGAUCCUCAACAAGGACCACGUCCUCGCCACCCUGACCGACGAGAUCACCUUCGAGAUGGAAUUCACCGUCGCGAAGGGCCGCGGCUACGUGCCCGCCUCCGAGCAGUACAACAACCAGGAGGAGCAGGAGAUCGGCGUCAUCCCCGUCGACGCCAACUACUCCCCCGUCCAGCGCGUCCGCUACAAGGUCGAGGACACCCGCGUCGGUCAGAAGACCAACUACGACAAGCUGAUCAUGGACAUCUGGACCGACGGCACCACCACGCCGGAGGACGCCCUUGUCGAGGCCGCCAAGAUCCUGCGCAAGCACCUCAACGCCUUCGUGCAGUUCUUCGAGGUGGGCGUGGAGCGCGUCUCCGAGGCCGCCGCCGCCGCCGCGAGCGUCGACGACGAGCUCAUCCGCAAGCUCAACAUGCCCAUCACCGAGCUCGAGCUCUCCGUCCGGGCGAGCAACUGCCUCGAGUCCGCCCAGAUCGACACCGUCGCCCAGCUCGUCACCAAGUCCGAGUCCGACCUCCUCAAGGUCCGCUCGUUCGGCAAGACAUCUCUUCGAGAAGUGAAGCGCAAGCUCACCGAUAUGGACCUCGCCCUCGGCAUGAGCGGACCAAUGAGACACCGCAUGGCAGGCUACAAACUCGGACGCACGACGGCCCACCGUCGCGCCACCCUCCGCAACCUCGCGGCGGGCCUUUUCGAGCACGGCCAGAUCACCACCACGGUCCCCAAGGCCAAGGCCCUCCAGCCCUUCGUCGAGAAGAUCGUCACCCUCGCCAAGCGGGGCGACCUCCACGCCCGGCGUCAGGUCAUCGCCAAGCUCGGCGGCGACCGCCGCGCCUUCGCCUGGCUCUACCUCGACAAGAACGCCGACGACGGCGACCGCGACCGCGUGGAGCGCAUGAGCGACCGCGCCCUCAACUUCUUCGACAUCCCCGAGUCCGACGAGGUCGAGCGCAACCGCUACGGCGAGCUCCGCAAGUCCCCGCGUCUCGUCAAGCACAUCUUCGAGAACGUCGCCCCCCGAUUCGAGGACCGCGCGGGCGGCUACACCCGCAUCGUCCGCCUCGGCAAGCGACGCAUCGGCGACGCCGCCGAGUACUGCGUCAUCCAGUUCGUCGGCGCCGAAGAGGGCCCCGAGAUCGGCGACAACCUCUCCCAGCGCCGCCGCACCGCGGACAAGCGCACCGCCUUCGCCGCCGAGGUCCGCAAGGGCUGGAAGGGCGACGCCAAGCAGGACAAGGCCGCCGUCGCCGAAGAGGCGCCCAAGGCCGAAGCCCCCGCGGACGACGCCCCCGAGGCCACCGAAGAGGCCAAGGGGGGUUACUUCUUCUUGCCGGCGGCCGGCUUCUUCGCGCCGGCGGUCGCCGCGCCCUUGGUGGUGGUCGCGGCCUUGGUCGUGGUCUUGGUCGACUUGUUGGUGUUCGCCAUGGAAAGAUCUCCUUUCUGGAGAGUGCGGGGCGAAAGAGAAAACGAUGGCGUGACGAUGCCACGGAUUCCGGGGUUGGAAAGCGGAAGAGCCCGCGCCGAACGAUUCGACCCGGCCCCCCGCGAACCGCCUCCCGCCCGCCCGGGUAUCGAGGAACGGACGCCUCGACACCAACACCCGGGGGACAAGGAAAAAGACAUGAACAACCGGAACGUCUCCCUCUCCCGCCUCACCGCCAACAUGGCGAUCCUCCUCGCCGCCGGCGCGACCUUCUCGUGCAUGUCCGGCGGCGGCUUCAGCAGGGCGAAGGAGUACGCCACCGAGAACACCGACCCCCGCGUCGUCGAGCUCGAAGCCAUCCUCCUCCGAGACGCCUCGAGCCCGUCGAGCGCCUUCGAGGCGCUGGGCGCGCACACGGGCUUCAUCGAGCCCGAAGACGCGAGCGCCGCCCGUAAGGCCCUGCUCGCCAUGCGCACCCCCGGUUCCGCUACCAGCAGCUUCGCCCGCGGCCUCUGCACCAUCCAGAACGACACGGGCGCCUCGAUGCGGAUGCGAUCGUCAGCGGACGUCGACCGGGCCGGCCCGCUCCUGCUCGCCUUCGACGCCGACAUCCUCCACAAGGACAAGGCCGAGGGCGGCAUCCGCGUCUGCGUCGACCGCCUGGCGUACGAGAACGCCCCGAUGAUCCUCGGGGAGUCGAGCGCCGACCAGGGCCUCGCGGAGUUCACGGGCGACCAGGUCAUCCCGGACGGCGGCGGCGUGAUCCUCGUGAUGGAGCACGCGGGCCCGUCGGGGACCUCGUGGAGCGUCCUCGCCCUCUUCGCGGACGCCUCCACGACGAGGCUUCAGGCCGAAGCGGCGGCCUUCUUGCUCACGCGCUUCUUGGCGGCGCGCUUGCGGGUCGCCUUCUUGGCCGGGGCCUUCUUCGCGACCUUCUUCGAGGCCGCUUUCUUCACGCCGCUCUUCUUGCGGGUGGCCUUCUUGGCGGUGGACUUCUUCGCGGCCGGCUUCCUGGCAGCGGCCUUCUUCGCCGUCUUCUUCUUGGCGGCCUUCUUGCGCGUCGCCUUCUUGGCGGCGGGCUUCUUGGCAGCGGGCUUCUUCGCGGCCGCCUUCUUGGCGACCCGUUUCUUGGUGACCUUCUUCUUGGCGGUCUUCUUCUUGGCCAUACCCUCGGCAUCGCUCUCCGCAAACCCACCGACGCGCGCCCGGCUUGGUAUAGUUCGACCCAUGCUCGACGCACUGAACACGCUGGAAAAACAGGGCCUCGCGGGCCUCGAGUCCGCCGACUCGGCGCAGGCGCUCGAGGCGUGGCGCGUCGAGUUCCUCGGCUCCAAGGGCAAGCUCAAGCAGGCCAUGACCGGCCUCAAGGACGUGCCCAAGCAAGACAAGCCCGCCGUCGGAAAACGCUCCAACGAGGUCAAGCGCUCCCUCGAGUCCGCCUUCGAGCAGAAGCAGGCCGCGAUGGGCGGCGGCGCGAGCGCGCCCACAGGCCCGAUGAUCGACGUCACCGAGCCCGGCCUCCCCCCGAGCCUGGGCCGACGCCACAUCCUCACCCGCGUCCGCGCCGAGAUCUGCGAGGUCUUCGCCCGCAUGGGCUUCGACGUCGCCGAGGGCCCCGAGCUCGAGGACGACGAGCACAACUUCGUCAAGCUCAACAUCCCCGCCGGCCACCCCGCCCGCGAGCCCAUCGACAACUUCUACAUCGAGGAGCAGGGCGACACCGACCGCCCCCGCAUGCUCCGCACACAGACCUCCACCGUCCAGAUCCGCGUCAUGGAGCACGCCAUCGAGCACGGCUGGGGCCCGCCGCUCCGCUUCGUCUCCCCCGGGCGCGUCUACCGCCCGGACACCGUCGACGCGACCCACUCGUUCAUGUUCCACCAGCUCGAGGGCCUCUACCUCGACCGACGCGUCACCAUGGUCGACCUCAAGACCACCCUCAUGGAGUUCGCCCGCCUCUACUUCGGCUCGGACGCCGAGGUCCGGCUCCGCCCGAGCUUCUUCCCCUUCACCGAGCCGUCGGCCGAGUUCGACAUGAAGAUCGCCCUCAACCCCGCCAAGCCCGCCGACUGGGUCGAGCUGGGCGGCUGCGGCCUCGUCGACCCCGCCGUCCUCCAGGCCGUCGGCCUGGACCCGGACGAGUGGACCGGCUUCGCCUUCGGCUUCGGCAUCGAGCGCAUCGCGAUGGGCAAGUACGGCAUCCCCGACAUCCGCAUGCUCUACGAGAACGACCUCCGCUUCCUCGCCCGGGCGCCCAAACCCCGGCGGUGGCUGACGCGCGUCAAGCCCAUCCGCGUCGUCCAGCGCGCCGCCCUCUCGCUCGUCCACCGCCACCCGCACCGCAACCUCCUCAUCGUCGGCCAGCCCAAGAGCGGCACCACCUGGCUCCGCCGGAUGGUGUGCGAGAUCCCGGGCUACAUCAAGUGGACCCCGCCCUGCACCGAGUGGUACAACGACCACGUCCUCGAGUACGACAACUUCGACCCGCCGCCCAUCGGAUACACCGUCUCCCGCGUCCACUCCGGCCCCGACCCGCAGAGCCUCGAGGUCGUCCGAAAGCUCGACCGCCCCUACGUCAUCAUGACCCGCGACCACCGCGACGUCGCCGUCAGCUGGGCCUACUACAUGGAGCACGCCCACCACGGCAUGACCCCGGAGGUCAAGGCGAAAGAGGUCGGCGAACGAAUCGACCUGUUCAUCGACGACUACCUCCUCGAGUACGUCCGCUGGACCGACGGUUGGGCCCGCGGGCGCGACCCGAAGCGGGGCAUGAUCGUCUGGUACGAGGACCUCGUCGCGGACCCCAGAGCCGUCUUUGCCGAGAUCGUGAAGCACUACGAGGUGAGCCUCACCGACGAGCAGAUCACCCGCAUCGUCGACAAGCACAGCUUCAAGAAAGCCACGGGCCGCGACGCCGGCACGCAGGACGCCAAAGCCUUCAACCGCAAGG